AAAUUCUUAAUUUUAUCCCUUUCUACACUCUCUCGCUUACUCCUUGCUCAAGCAAACCCCCCUCCCCUUUCGAAAAAAAAUCUCAAGAAACCCAACUCGCCGAAUCUCCACCGAUACAAUUCACAAUGGAAAACCAAGAGGGAACUCAGCAACCGCAUCUCGUCCUGGCUCACAAGCUGUUCCUUUUGACCCACCAUGACGUCCAAGAUAUCGAGAAGGUCCGCUUGAAGGAGGAGGUUUUGACCGCUAUCAAAUCUGACGAUAUGGUUCCUUUGUACGAAACCCUAGUGGCGGAGUCAUUGCUAGAGAGAGAUCAGAGUCUUUUGGAUUCAAUGCGAGUUAAGAAUGAAGAAGAGCUUAACAAGCUCGAUGAGAAGAUUGCUGAUGCUGAAGAAAAUUUAGGUGAAAGUGAAGUUCGAGAAGCUCAUUUAGCUAAGUCCUUGUUCUACAUUCGGAUUGGUGACAAGGAUAAAGCAUUGGAACAACUCAAGGUGACAGAAGGCAAAACAGUUGCAGUUGGGCAAAGGAUGGACUUGGUGUUCUAUACUUUACAGCUUGCAUUUUUCUACAUGGAUUUUGAUCUCAUUUCCAAGAGCAUUGACAAAGCAAAGAACUUGUUUGAAGAGGGAGGUGAUUGGGAAAGGAAGAACCGUUUAAAGGUUUAUGAAGGCUUGUAUUGCUUGUCCACUAGAAAUUUCAAGAAGGCAGCCGAUUUAUUUUUAGAUUCUAUUUCAACCUUCACUACAUAUGAACUUUUCCCAUAUGACACCUUCAUAUUUUAUACUGUCCUUACAAGCAUUAUAUCACUGGAUAGAGUUUCCCUCAAGCAAAAGGUGGUGGAUGCUCCUGAGAUCUUGACAGUGAUUGGGAAAAUCCCACAUCUUUCAGAGUUUUUGAACUCUCUGUAUGAUUGCCAAUAUAAAUCAUUUUUCUCGGCAUUUGCUGGCCUGACCGAGCAAAUUAAACUGGACCGCUAUUUGCAUCCACAUUUCCGAUAUUACAUGAGGGAGGUCAGAACUGUUGUCUAUUCCCAGUUCUUGGAAUCCUAUAAGAGUGUUACCAUUGAAGCAAUGGCCAAGGCUUUUGGGGUGACAGUGGAGUUCAUUGAUCUGGAACUAUCACGUUUUAUUGCAGCAGGGAAGCUCCACUGCAAGAUUGAUAAGGUUGCGGGUGUUCUUGAAACCAACCGCCCUGAUGCAAAGAACGCUCUCUACCAAGCAACUAUCAAGCAAGGGGACUUCUUAUUAAACCGGAUCCAGAAGCUGUCACGUGUGAUUGAUCUUUGAAGUAGGUAGCCAUUUGUUGUGAUUCAGAAAUGAUUCUAAAAUUCGAGAAUCCCAAAGAAAGAUGGGGCAUAGGGAUUUUAUGCUGGAUGUUUCCUAGUUGAAAGGCGUUUUAUUUGUUUCUUUGCCUGAGUACUAUUAAGAAUCUAUGAUUGCUGAUCAUGUGUCUUAGUUUUUAGUUUCUGAAUUGAAUUCCUUUUCUGGUGCUAAUUUUGUCAGUUGGGAGGUUAUCCUUUUGCAGCCUGAGCUGCAUCCUCUGAUAAUGAACACUAGUGAAAAAUUACCUCAA